AUGAGUAGGAAUGUGGAUAAGGCUAACUCGGUCUUGGUGCGGUUUCAAGAACAACAGGCAGAGUCUGCGACUGGAUAUAAAGAUUACUCACGUUAUAAGAGGCCCAAGAACGUCUCCAGGAUAAAGUCUCUAAAAGAAGCCAAUGAAUGGAAACGACAGGUAAGUAAAGAGAUUCAACAAAAGAGUACAAGAAUAUAUGAUCCGUCUUUAAAUGAAGUACAGAUUGCGGAACUCAACGACGAACUUAAUGAUCUUUUCAAAGAGUGGAAGAGGUGGCAGUGGCACAUUAACCAUACACUUAUGGAGAAAAAAACAAAGAGGAAGACACUAGAGGACGGUCAUCUUUUGGCAAAUGCGGGGAAGCUGAUACAUGGGAAGAGAUAUUUCGGAAGAGCCUUGGAAUUGCCCGAAGUGAAAGAAUGGCAGGAGUCUCAAAAGCAGAACAGUACGGAUAUUGUGAACAUAAAACGCGUACCGAGGAAUAAGAAUGAUUUUUACUAUCAUGGUAAAGCCACAGCAGCUUUAACGGAAUUUGAAACCAACUGGACGCCUAUUUUGAAGGCACAUUACAAUGUGCCCGUGAAUGAGCGCGAGGAAGAAGAAACAACACAGCAGACACAAGAAAUGCAUGUACCGACACUUUCUGACAUGGAGCAUUGGUUGGUGCAAAGAAGAAAGAAAAAACUCAUGGAGGAACUGAAUCUCUAA